CCCAGCAGAGACGUUCAAAAACUCCCUCAUUCAGUCUGUGCCGGACGUGAACAAGUGAUAGACGCGUAGCGUAAACUCAAAUCGGUUUAAAGUCAUUACUAUACUUAAAGAACCAUGUCUAAGGAAGAAUCCAAAUACGGCUUCAAGGACAAGGCUAAGGCGGAGGAAUCGCUGGAGCUGCUCAAGUCCGAGGACCACAAGUAUCAGGUGCUGACUGUCCGGGGUCUACUUGGAAGGGCCAAACGUGUACUAACGUUGACCAAAGCAGAGGAUAAAGUGAAGAACAUCAAAGCUGCCAUCGGGGUAUUCGAAACAUGGAUCGAAGAAAACUCCAACACCAGUUCCAAGAAUGCCAAACCGAAAGAUACCGAAGAAAAGGUGGAAACCGUUGCGGGCCUGGGAUUCAAAGACAAAGAAGCUGCGGAGAAGACGUUGAAAAUCCUAGAGGGUCGUGAUCCGGAUUACCAGAAACUCGCCAUCAAAGGUCUGCUGGGUAGUGCCAAAAGAGUGCUUCCAUCAACCAAAAAUGAGGACAAAAUAAAAAGCAUCAAGGAGGCUAUGGAACUGUUCGACGACUUUCUAGAAACAUUCGAUCGUGAGGAGAGAUCCAAACAAAACAUGGCAUACUUAUCAGUAGAUCUGAUAAAAGCCCUCCCAACAAAAGCCUCGGAUACGUUGGCUGCCGAAUUCGUUGAAUGUUACGAUAAAGUUGCCAAGGGUAACUACAAACAUCUGCGCACGAAAACGCCGAAAGAUGACGACAGCACCAGUUGGGAUAUCCUGCGGAAUCGAAACCUACUCAAAUUGAAGGAGCAAGUGAAGGAAUCUGGUGAGAAGCUUUUUGAUUUGGAAGGAAAACCUACCGAAACCCAUCGGAAGAUGAUCUACUGGGCGUACAGCCCAAAUGUGGACAAACUGAAGGCGUAUUGUGCAACGUUAGAGAAGGCUGGUGGCAAAAAGCGAUCACACUCUUCUUCGGAGGAUGACGACGACGACAGUAGUGACGACAGUGAAAACGAGAGUGAGAAGAAAAAAUCUAAGAAGUGACUUAACAUUUGAACAGAACUUUGGUGAAGGGAAAAAAUAAAGUAUUUGUUAAAAAAAAUCUUAAACCUGUAAUAUUGAUUUGGACAUACGAAAGACAAUUUUUGUUUACAGUAAAACUGUUGUCGUCGAAUUGAAAAUUUCUGCAAGCGCCGGAAAAAUUGAUUCACUCGUGAUUUGGUAUGCUUGAAAUGAAAUGACUCAAACUCUCAAGUGCAGGAUUUAUUCCAUUAAUAAGUACCUACUUAUCAGCCAAUUCCGAUAGAGCAGAAGCUUUUGAUUGUUGAAGAGAAACUCGACAACGGCAGUGCGAACCA